AUGGCCCCCAAGGACUCGAAGAAAGGCGGUGCCUCCAAGGCGCCUAAGGGCUCCAAGCAGGCCAACAACGCUGCCAAGGCUGCCCUGAAGGGUGCCCACGGUCACUACAAGAACAAGGUCCGCUACACCACCUCGUUCCACCGCCCCAAGACCCUCGUCGUUUCGCGCGCUCCCAAGUACCCCCGCAAGUCGAUCCCUCACGAGCCCCGCCUCGACGAGCACAAGAUCAUCGUCCACCCCCUCAACACCGAGUCCGCCAUGAAGAAGAUUGAGGAGAACAACACCCUGGUCUUCAUCGUCGACGUCAAGUCCAACAAGGCCCAGAUCAAGCAGGCCCUCAAGAAGCUCUACGACAUCGACACCGUCAAGAUCAACACCCUGAUCCGCCCCGACGGCUCCAAGAAGGCCUACGCCCGCCUCACCCCCGACGUUGAUGCUCUUGACAUCGCCGCCACCAAGCUGGCUCUCGUUUAA